CUCCUCUCCUCUCCUCUCCUCUCCUCUCCUCUGUCAUGUCUGUUGUCUCCUACAAAUAUUCUUACACCAGUGGAUUUGUCGCCCCCUCUCUCUCUCUCUCUCUCUCUCUCUCUCUCUCUCUCUCUCUCGCCUUCAAACGUUUCAUCGAAGAAAUUUCCAUUUCUUUUGAUUUAUUUAAGGGAAGGAGUGCCAAUUCCAAACCAAACCAAACCAAACCAAAGGAAAAGGAGAGAGAGAGAAGAGGGGAUGGGAUGGGCACAUCCUCUGUUUUCCUUCCCUAACUAUUCUUAUUCCUCCUCCUCUUCCUUUUCUAGAUCGUAGUUUUCCAUCCUUCAUCUGGAUCCUUCUCAAUGGAGCUUGGGUCGUCCUUUCGUUGAUUGCAAAGCAUCGGAUGAUUAACGAUUGAAUCUCUUUUUUGUUUUUUUUUUGUUUUGUUUUUUGUUGGGGUGUGUUCAAAGCGCCAGUUGGAUUCCGUCUGAAUUUACAGUUAAGAAUCGCCCCUUUCGUUGCUGCUUAGUUGAAUCGACAUUUUCGAUUGGGUUGUUUUUUUAUUUUGGAUUUUGGAUUUGGGAUUUGGGAUCGGGUUAUGUGUUCCGAGUUCGAAUCGGAUGAUAUAUAUGUAUAUAUAUAUGUUUGUUUUUGAAUUUUGAUCUGAAUUGGGCGUUUUGCGAUGUGUAAUAAAUCGGAAUUGGUUGGAUGAUUGAUUGUUUGGUAAUAGAAAAGAUGGAAUCGGAUCUUGGCAAGCUCUUCAUUGGCGGAAUUUCUUGGGAUACUGAUGAAGAGCGUCUUAGGGAUUAUUUUGGCAGCUAUGGCGAAGUGGUUGAGGCUGUGAUCAUCAGGGAUCGUUCCACUGGCCGUGCUCGUGGCUUUGGAUUUGUUGUCUUUGCAGAUCCUGCGGUUGCCGAAAGGGUUAUUUUGGAGAAGCACAUCAUCGAUGGCCGCACUGUUGAAGCUAAGAAGGCUGUUCCAAAGGAUGAUCAGAACACAUUGAACAGAAACAAUGGUAGCAUCCAUGGUUCUCCUAUCUCGGGACGAACAAAGAAGAUUUUUGUGGGAGGUUUAGCUUCAACAGUCACGGAGGCCGACUUUCAGAAGUAUUUUGAUCAGUUUGGCACAAUUACUGAUGUUGUUGUUAUGUAUGAUCACAGCACGCAGAGGCCGAGGGGUUUCGGCUUCAUUACUUAUGACUCGGAGGAGGCGGUCGAUCUUGUGCUGCAUAAGACCUUCCAUGAGCUCAAUGGAAAGAUGGUUGAGGUGAAAAGAGCAAUUCCAAAAGAGCUAACCCCAGGGUCCAACCGAAGUCCUGUUGUAGGAUAUAACUAUGGUAUGAGUAGAGCUAGUGGUUUUCUUAACAGCUAUACUCAAAGCUAUAACAUGAGUCCUCUCGGAAGUUACGGAGUCCGAGCAGAUGGUAGGUUGAGUCCAGUUUUUAGCAGUCGUACCGGGAUUCCUCAUUUCGGUACUAAUAACUAUGGAGUUGGUGUGAAUUUGGAGCAAGGACUGAGGCAAGGCUAUGGAAGGAGUUUGAACAUUAUGAACAGCCAAGCACAGGAGCAAAUGUUGAAUUCCUAUUAUAAUGGGAAUUCAAAUAGGUUCAUUACCCCAAUUGGCUACAGUGGGGGAAAUGGAAGAGGUGAUUCUCUGUUAAGCUCGAGUACGUGGAAUGUGUGGGGAAAUGGAAGUAUGAACAAUGCCAUGAACUCGCCCAACCCUGGCGCUUUCUCUGGCUCUGGAAUGGGGAACUUCCGAGUGGCGUAUGGAAACAACGACGAUAAUUGGAGUUCUGCUGCUGUUGGUAAUCAUGUUGGAGUGAAUGCUCCUCCUGGCUACACUAAUAACAAUGGUUAUGGUAUUGGAGAGAGUGAGUUUGGGAUCAGAGGAGGAGGCUAUGGAAGAAAUGGAGUAGUCUCGAGCGUGGCAACACAAAAAGCCUUCGCUGAAACGACAGAUGGUUACGAGAGGUCGUAUAGGGAGCUGUACCGUGAUGGAACGGUGCAUGACGAUUCAACAUGGCCGUCUACCACUCCUGAACUGGAUGGUUCUGUGCCUUUUGGUUAUGGUCUUGGUAGCCUUGCUUCAGAUGAUCCAGCCAAAAGCUCUGAGAAUUUUCUUGCUAGUUAUGAUGUUUCAAGCAGACAGCCAUCUAGAGGAAUCGCUGCGUAGAAGAUUGUCGUUUGGAUUUUUCGAACAUGAAUGAAUAUAUAGUGCAAUGAAGGAAAGAUACGAAGAUGGAUAUUCGUGAGUUUUAUGUACCGGUUGCUUGCUUGUUCGUUCGUUGGUUGGUUGGUUGGUUCAGUUGAUGAGUUAAAAAGGGAACACUGAUCUUGUAACAUUUGACCUGGUUCGUCGAUCCGAAUGCGAUACAUAGGGAGGGAGAUACAUAUACUAUAUAUUUGGAAGGAAAGAAGAAGAGAAAGGGAAAUGGAGAAUUGUAAUUUUUGUUAUGUGUUUUGGAUUUUUGGUUAAGAAGAGAGAGAUAGGAUUGGUAAUGUUGGCAUUUGAUUGAGGUGUAAAAGCAGCAGAUUGGCAGAUAGAGAUACUCCAGAAGAGUGAUUAUUAUUUUUAUCCCAUGAUAUCCAGUGAGUGAGGCAUGGCGGCAGCAGCAGUAGCAGUAAUAUCAUUAUCACUAUCAUUAUCAUUUGAUUUAAUGAGAAACACAGGUUAUUUAUUCUAUACAUAUAUAUAUAUAUAUAUGCUUACUUGGGUUAUGCUGCUGCUGUGAUUGACUUGUUCAUAGAAUCAAUGAAGCAGCACAUUAUUUCAUUC